GCUGAUGCUGAUGAUAGCUAUAAAGCAAGCUAUCUGGGCACUUCCUUGCCGGUUUCUUCACACGCAGUCAUAUUCAGGUAUUAAUACUUAUCCCACAUAAGUAUAACUGGGGGUCUUUGUAAACACCACGGAGAAUAACAUUAUCGUUAGGUCGUUCAUCCUGUUACUUUGGCCUGAGGGUAAAACGGACGUCUGAGAGUGAGACAGAUCCGGGAACGCCCUUGAUAAAAAGCCACUUGCCACUUUUAGUGUUGCUUCCCAUUUACAGUGAGUAACGUUAGGCUACGGUGCUGGGCUACUCAUAGAAUCAAGGACGGCCGAUAAGUUUGAGAAGUCUGGACGUUUUUUCGGACUUACUAAGCUUAUGCAGCAGCCAAAUGUGUCUAAUUGUAAUCCGAUAAAGAGCAUUACGUUAGCCAGACAGGUAGCAAGUUAAGUUUGAUUUCGAGCAGUUACAAAUAAAGUCGAAACUAUUUUCUUCAUUCGAACCGUUCUCACUAGCUCCUCGCAAAAAUGAUGCAUAUUUCGGAUUCGCACAAUCAAAAGAAUUCAUUAUUCAAUGCAAUGAACCGAUUUAUUGGAGCUGUAAACAACAUGGAUCAGACCGUGAUGGUUCCUAGUCUGUUAAGAGACGUGCCGUUAGACGAGGAAGAGGAAGUUAAAACCAUGUCACCGAUUAGGACCGCCAGCAAUGGGUCAGCCACCUAUUUCCAGGACGGCGACAUGUACAAUUACUACGUCCUGUUAAAAUCUAUCAGGAAUGACAUUGAAUGGGGGGUCCUGCAAGCCGACGACAGACGGAAAGAAAAAAUGGGGGUGACCGCGUUGGACAUCUCCAGAAUAGAGUCGGAUGAUGACGACCUGGAGAAACAAUUUCAUUAUCAUUUGACCGGAUUGCACACGGUUCUCUCCAAGCUUACACGGAAAGCAAACACCCUCACGAACAGAUACAAGCAGGAGAUUGGAAUAAGGGACUGUGGACACUGACAGCUGUCAAAGGCCAUGUUCAGGGAGAGAGUUUGUGUUGUGCUGGAGACAAUAAGAUCAAAACUCCUUUGUAAACCAGUGGAUAUAUUUGUAUUCAUUCCCAAAAUGGGAAGACAUUUGUAACCUAAAUGACGUUUCCAAAUAUGCAUUAUUACUUUUUCAUCCACUGUAUUGCUGAAUGGUUGUUUGCACAAUUCUUAGGGGAUGGCUUUCUGUACCUAUGUAAUGCACACGUAUCUAUUGAAGAGAUGCAAUGUGUUUUAGUGUAAAAAUUAUUUAGCUUGUUUUUGAUGAGGCAUCUUUGCAUACUGAGUGAUAUGUUACAUUUGAAAGAUGUAUUUGCCGUGCCACUGACUAAAUCAUAUGCUCUAUCUAUGAACUGGAAUCCAAUGAUAAUUCUUUUGAAAUUGAGAGAUUCUAAGAGAUUGUAAUACCAACUUGUCAUUUUAAGCAAUGUGCAUUUUUCUAUUGAACUAAGGGUUCAGUGAUUAAACAUAUAAUGUUACUA